UUUUAUUUGUCUCGUAAAUAAGCUCGAUUAUACCGGCCUUCGGCAAGGCCAUAUGGUGAAACAUUUCUACCCGUGAAUCGUAGGCUGACGGAUAUCGUUCGGCCGCUAUGGCUACCAGUUUUCAUCACCACUAAACCAUUGCAUACGAACAACGAAGCAAAAUUAUGGUUGGUGCCUCUGGGGCAAUUCUCGAACUCUUCCAGGACACCGGAAGGCUAUUAGUUCGGAUAGCACAAGGGAAAUCCGCAGUCUUGCGGUACGUGGCCUACGUUGUCUUCCUCGCGUUCUCGUUGCAUGUCAUCCCCAGAUCUAUUCGACGCGCCUAUGGCUCAGAUGUCCAGGUGUACAGGAGGAGAUUACGUGCUCACGCCUUGCGGCGGGGGACUGUCCCGUUACGCGAGGGCGAACGGGCCAUAGAGCGCUAUCCGUCAGACCGAGAUAGAGGAGGUUCGAGAGGCCAGCAACAGGAUCAACAUUACUGGGAAGGAGGUGAAGAACCUCGAGAUCCAACGAAAUUCAACCAGAUCAAGUACAAGACCGUAUUCACGAAAUCGUCAAUUACUACACCCAAUUCACCCGCGGGUUAUUCUUCACAUGUCUCAAACGAGAUGACUGCUGCAGGCAGCAGUGUUCUGACCGUCUGAUGAAGAAACACGCCGCGUUCAUAUAGAUCGUUUCAAACACAUCGAAUCAUUUCAAAGUAACAUUAUCCCAAAGACUCGGAGAUGUUCUGAUCGAGGAACGUUUGCACCCGGAGGAGUCCACUCCGCGUGGCGACAAAGGCCGAGAUAAUUCCGUUGCUUUGAGUCAAGACGUCCCUAUAAGGACGACAGAGCGGAAGAUAAGAGCGAUUUAGUUAGUACGACAGCCGCCUCGGAGAGGAUUCAUAUAGGAUGAGGCCACCACUAUUGUAACCGCCAGUUGACAACCGUACCGGGUUCCAUUAAUCCUUUCAGCACGCUGUGAUUAAGUAUAAGUGAAUUGUCGCUCAAAAGCACGCGGCCUUCAUAAUAGCUCUACACCUUCCUUCUAAGCGGAAUGUAUUAAGUGGGUUUCUUGGCCACACACGCACGCGCGCACGCGCACACAGGCACACACAUUCACACACACACUCGUAUACAAACACAUACACUCGU